AUGCUAACGGGCCAGCUGAGCAAGCCGCUGCUCUCGCUCAUGCGCGGCGGCGGCGACAUGAGCGCUUUGGAACUCGGCGGGCGGCCGGACGAGCAAGCGGCCGGCAGCCCCGACAGCGAGCUCGACGAGGAGACGGCCCUCCCGCCCGCCGACGGCCACGAGCGGGACGGCGCUCCCGCCAAACUGUACGGCGCCGGCGACAGUUGCGUCCGGUCGGACUUGGGUGGCAGUCCUUUAGAGCAGAGUCAAGUGGGCCAGUCGCCGCCGGGCUACGCCGCCAUGGGACCGCAGUCGCUGUUGGUGGCCCAGCAGCUGGCCAACGCGGUGGGCGGAGCCAUGUCCGGGGCAGCGGCGGCGGCAGCUGCGGCAGCCGCCAUGAACCAGCCCAUCCUCAUCCCCUUCAACGCCGGCGGGCAUCUGGGCGGCCAACAGGGCCUGGUCCUGUCACUGCCCGCCAGCAACCUGCCCAGCCUGGUGGCGGCCGCCGCUGCCGGGGGCGUCAUGACGCUGCCCCUGCACAACCUGCAAGCUACCUCAACCCUCAACUCGCAAUUGCAACACCUGCAGCAGCUGCAACAGAUGCACCACCACCACCAGCAGCACCAGCAGCAGCAGCAACAGCACCAGAACCAAGCGUCAUCCCAACAGCAUCACAUGACCCCGCCCGGUCAUCAGCAGUCGUCCGUGCCGUCACCGGGGUCCGCCUGCUCCUCGGCGUCACCGCCGCCGCCGUCGCACCGGCCCAACCAGUCGCCCGCCCGGAGCCUCCCCUCGCCCGUCACCCCGCCCGUCUCUUUGCCGCCGCUGAACCCUCUUGCCAGCCAGGCGGCGGCAGCGGCGGCCAUGGCAGCCGGCUCGCAGGUGUUCGGCAACGCCCUGUCCAACCUGCAAGGAGGCGGCGGGCAGCUGGUGACCAACGCGCAAGGACAGAUCAUCGGAACCAUCCCUCUGAUGGCAAACUCGGCUGGUCCGUGCGGCCAAUCGGGGACCGGCAACGCGACGCUGCAGGUGCCGCCCAUCACGCCGCAGCUGCUGACCAACGCGCAAGGGCAGAUCAUCGCCACGGUGAUCGGCAAUCAGAUCCUGCCCGUCAUCAACACGCAGGGCAUCACGCUGUCGCCCAUCAAGCCCGGCCAGCAGGGUGCGUGCGGCCCAGCUUCCUCCGGCUCCUCCUCCUCGUCCUCCCUGUCGUCUUCAUCCUGCUCAUCGUCGUCCUCGCAGCCCGGCCUGCUCCACCUGGCCCACCGACACAGCCCGCUUCACCGACCCUCCUCUUCCUCCUCCACUUCCCCUUCCUCUUCCUCGGCGCUCAGUGUGGGACAGCUCGUCAGCAAACCUGGCACGGCCCCGAGCGAGGUGGACGGCGUCAACCUGGAGGAGAUUCGCGAGUUCGCCAAAGCCUUCAAGAUCCGCCGACUGUCGCUGGGCCUGACGCAGACUCAGGUGGGGCAGGCCCUCAGCGCCGCCGAGGGGCCCGCCUACAGCCAGUCCGCCAUCUGCAGACACACCAUCCUGAGAAGCCACUUUUUCCUACCGCAGGAAGCCCAAGAGAGCACGAUAGCUAGCAGUCUGACAGGCAAACUGAACCCUGGCCUUUUAUAUCCUGCCAGGUUUGAGAAGUUGGACAUCACCCCUAAAAGCGCCCAGAAGAUUAAGCCGGUUCUGGAGCGCUGGAUGGCGGAGGCUGAGGCCCGCCACCGCUCGGGCAUGCAGAAUCUGAGCGACUUUAUCGGCAGCGAGCCUUCCAAAAAGCGCAAGCGGCGCACCUCAUUCACGCCGCAGGCUUUGGAGAUCCUCAACAGCCACUUUGAGAAGAACACGCACCCGUCGGGACAGGAAAUGACAGAGAUCGCCGAGAAGCUCAACUACGACCGUGAGGUGGUGCGCGUCUGGUUCUGCAACAAGCGCCAGGCGCUCAAGAACACCAUCAAGCGCCUCAAGCAGCCCGACAACAAUGGCUGCGGGGGGGCCGUACUGCCGCCGCCGCCCCCCUUGGACCUCGCCGACCCGCUCCGUGACAUCCCCAAAUGA